AUGCCCAGGACUUUACUCCUCUGUUUCAUCCACGGCUUCAAGGGGAACGACAAUACGUUUCAAAAAUUCCCAGAAGACCUGAAAGCUGCCGUGUCCAAGGCCCUCCCCGAGGGCGAUAAUGUUCAGGCCGUCGUGUACCCAAAGUACGAGACGAAGGGCGAACUGGCACGGUGCGCCGAGGCAUUUCUAGAAUGGCUCAAGGAGCGCGUCGUCGAACUGCGCAAGGAGCGCAGCGAGAAACCCUGGCCGCCGGGUGAUCGCGACGUUGGCGUCGUAUUGGUAUCUCAUUCCAUGGGAGGCUUUGUAGCCUCUGACGCCCUCUUCCUAGCCCUGGAUGAACGACGCAACGCCGAGACGACAACAGCCGAAGGCGAGGCCGCCGACACCAAACCUCCACUCUUUCCUCUGGUCCAGGGCGUGCUCGCCUUCGACACGCCAUACAACGGCCUCGCCCGCUCAAUGUUUGUAUACGGCGCGUUUAGCAACUACAACAAGGUCUCGUCCGUCUUCAACGUCAUGACGGCCCUGGCCGCCGCGCCCGCCGGCCUCUCGAAGCUGGCCAUGCAGCGCGCCACCAAGGCCGCCAGCUCCAUCUCCCGCACCGGCACCGCCCGCGCCGUCCGCCGCUCCACCGUCGGCUGGAAGGCGUGGCAGCUGAUGGCCGUGCGGACGGGGACGGUCGGCGCCAUCGCCGCCGGUGGCGUCGCGGCCUACGUGCACAGGAAGGAGAUCGCCGCCGGGCUGAGGAGCGUGCGGGACCUGGACCGGAGCACCAUCGCCGAGUCGUACCAGCGCGGCCUCACCACCCUCGGCCAGGGGCUCGCCUACAUCAACCGCGGCAACGUCGGCCGCUCGUACCAGUGGCUGGCCGAGCACUUUACCUUUGUCGGCGCCCUGCUCAAACCCCGCGAGCUGGAGCGGCGGCUGGCUCGCCUCGCCGCGCUCAAGGGGGUCGGCGUCCGCGACGUCUACGCCAGCCUCGGGGAGAACGGGUACUGGAGCGGCGGGUACUUUGUGCCGGAGCGGACGUUUUGCGCCGUCCCGGGUCAGGAGGCGGCCGAGGCUCGUCUGUUUGGCCGGCGCGUCGUCGAGGGCGCCGUGGACGAGGUGGACGCCCACAUGACCAUGUUCCAGCCGGAGAAGAACAAGGGCUACGACGAAAUGACGGAGGAGGCGGCUCAGACCGUGCUGGGCUGGUUCGCCAGCGACGAGGAGCUCUUUGACGACCCCAAGUUUGCCCAGGUCGGGCCUGACGAGGAGGACGAGAGCAGGGAGGAGGACAAGAUCACCGCCACGGACGAGGGCAUCGCCGUCGGGGACGACAUCGAAGCCGUCGCUGCCGCCACGGAAAAGCCCGCCAGCGAGUCCUCGGAGGCUGCCCGUGGCGAAAAGCGCAAGGCGGAAGGCGACCCCGAUAGCGGCUCGGACGACGGGGGGCUCCCGGACGAGUCCCCCAUCGACAUCGCAGCCGCUGCGUCGCUCGUACCUCUGCCCGAUGAUCGAAGCAGCACCGAGGAUGGCCAGGCCGAGAUGCCCAACGAAAAGGACCGCCAGACGUACCUCCGGCACCUGUUCGGGGUGGCCGAGCAGGCCGGGACGGGGCUCAAGUCGUACUACAACACGGCCUGGUCCGCCAAGCUGCCCACCAUGCCGGCGAUGCCCUCGAUGGAGAACAUGCCGAAUCUGCCUUCCAUGCCGUCCAUGCCCAGGCCCGGCUUUGGGCUCUUCUCGAGGAAGCAGUCGGAUACCAAGAAGGACGGUGCUGAUGAUGCCAACAAGGAAAAGGAUAGCUGUGAUGAUGGUACUGCGGUCAAAGAUGCCGAGGGAAAAGCAGCGGAUGUUGUUGAGGAACAGAAAAAAGGCCGAGACGACAACUGA